ACUGCAUAGAUUUAGGAGCAUUAGGGUCACAGGUUGCAUUGUCCUAUUAGAUGUUUACUUUGGUGAACGAAACAAAUACUUGCACUGGAAUUAAUAAGGCAUGCAAAGGGACGGUCCACUUUACAAUAGUGGGAAAUGCACCUUCGUAGUUUGUUGAAACAUUGUCAAAUGUGGCAUUAAUUGCUUUGUUAUCCUGUUCAUCUAUAAAUACACACAUCUCUGAUAUCUCACAUCACUGCAUUUCCUAGUGCUCAUAGAAUUUUAAGUUUCUAUCAAUAUCUUGUAGUUCAAUUCAAACUUGUAAGCAGCAUGGGGGCUCUUACUUUCACAGAUGAGUUUACUAGCACUGUCCAGCCAGGAAGGUUGUUCAAGGCUCUGAUCCUUGAUGCUCCAAACCUCAUUCCCAAACUCAUGCCUGAGGCCAUUAAGAAUGUUCAAUUGGUUGAAGGAAAUGGAGGUCCCGGAAGCAUUCAGGAGAUAACCAUUGCUGAAGGUGAUAAGAUCAAACACUUGAAGCAUAGAAUUGAUGCAAUUGACCCUGAGAAAUUGACUUACAGCUACGCAGUGAUCGAGGGAGACGGUGCACUGGAAAAAGUGGAUUCAAUUUCACAUGAGAUUAAGUUCGAGGCCACUGAAGAGGGAGGUUGCAAGACCAAGAAUGUGAGCACUUAUCAUCCCAAAGCAGGGGUUGAGGUCAAAGAGGAGGAUUUCAAGGCUGCAAAGGACGAAGGCUUGGCUCUCCUUAAGGCAGUGGAUGCUUAUCUUCUGGCAAACCCAGAUGCCUAUGUUGCUGCAUUGAUAAACAUAUUCAUUUCCAUCAAAGUGAUCAUUCCUGUAACCACAAGACCAAGUUCAUUUCACAACCUUGAGUUUUCUGUGAUCUUUGCAAUCAACACAAUAUUCACCAUGGGAAGCACAACUUUUACAUACGAUUAUUCCUCCCCUGUUGCUCCAUCACGCAUGUUCAAGGCCUUGAUCACUGACUCCAGAACUUUGCUUCCGAAGCUCUUACCACAGUUCAUAAAAGAGGUCAACGUGAUCCAAGGAGAUGGGGAAGCUGGAAGCAUUGAACAGGUUAACUUUGCUGAAGCUAGCCCCUUCAAAUAUGUGAAACACAGGAUUGAUGAGGUUGAUAAGGAGAAAUUAGUGUGCAAAUACACUAUGAUUGAAGGGGGUCCAUUGGGGGAAAAGCUUGAGUCCAUAGCUUAUGAGGUUAAAUUUGAGGCCACAAGUGAUGGUGGUUGCCUCUGUAAAAUGACAACCAAAUACAAUGUCAUAGGGGAUUUUGAAGUCAAAGAAGAAGAGAUAAAGGAAGGAAAGGAAAGCUCUCUUGGAGUCUGCAAAGUGGUGGAAGCCUACCUGCUUCAGAAUCCCCAAAUCUAUGCUUAAAUUUUCAUCUGAUUGUUCAAAAUCACCAUGCACGAGAUAUAUAUGCCUCAGUGUAAGAAAAAUGUGUCAAAAAUCUCGCGUUGACCGAAAAUAAGACCGAUUUAAAAUAUAUAAGUGGAUGCAAAUCUCAUUUUACAAGUUGGUUUUGUAGGGUUGAAGUAGACUUAAAGUAUGUUUCUCACACUUUGUACGUCGAUGAUGUUCAAUUUAUUCAGUUUUUGAAUGAUUUUGUAUGCAACUAAACGUAGGGACAAUAGAAGGUUUCGCCAAGUAUUGAUUGAAUUCCUUAUUAAGUCCUUACUCUUCAAAGGCAUACUCAGUGCUUUGGCAAAAUAUUUGUGCUUUUUGCAGUAGCAGAAUUGGAGAUUCACUAUGCUAUUUUAUGAAUUCAUUGUGCAACUAAUAACGUUUGGUUUGUGUUA